UUAUCUAUUCCGUUUUCAAUAUAAAAAAUUCUAUUACAUUUCUUUCAAUUUUUUUUUCUCCCCAGAAUCAAACUGAUCCUUUAGUUUUUAUCAUCAGUUUGUUUCAGAGGGUUUUUGGUUUUUUAAACUUUCCUUAUUUUUGGAGCCAUACAUCAGGAGACUUCAUUAAUUCAUUUGGUGUUUCAUCCUUUUUUGGUUUCGGAAACAGGAAAAUUAGCACGGGUGAUAGCAGAAAAAAAGAAUAAAUUAAAAAAAUGUUGGGUGAUUUCUUGAACAGAUUGCUAUUGUUGGUUUUUGGAUAUGCUUAUCCAGCAUUUGAGUGCUUUAAAAUGGUGGAGAAGAACAGGGUUGAGAUUGAAGAACUCAGAUUUUGGUGUAAAUACUGGAUCCUUGUGGCGUUUUUGACAAUUAUUGAGAGGAUAACCGACAUAUUCGUUUCCUGGUUGCCCAUGUAUGGCGAGAUGAAGUUUGCAUUCGUUAUCUACCUAUGGUAUCCAAAAAUCAAGUUAUAUGACAAAAUGCAGGGAACCAAUUUUGUGUACGAUACCUUCGUGCGGCCAUACGUGGCGAAACAUGAAACAGAAGUGGAUCGAAAGAUCAUGGAGAUGAGAGCUCGAGCAUGGAACGUGUUUAUGCAUUACUGGUCAAACUGCUCAGAAAUGGGGUUGACUAAAUUCUUCGAAAUGUUCCAAUAUUUAGCAGGUCAGUCUGCAAAGCUCAAUCAAGCUGUCAAGCAAGUCAAUCAUGUCGAUCAAGUCCAUAAGAAAUCUGAUGAUCGAAGUCUAAACGUUCCACCGCCACCGUCUCCAAAUGGUUUACGGAGUCCGAUGGCGAGGAACAAGGCUUGGAGUUCAGCAGCGAUAAACCGAGUCAACUCACCCAGGUUCAGUCAAUCCCAAGAGGACACCAGCCCAACGGAGUACGAGUUCGACAACGAUGAUGACUCGAUUCCCUAUUCCCCAAGUAACUCUAGGCUCCAACAGGCUCGUCUCAAGCUCCGCCGCACCAAAACACAAAAUUAAUUUAAUUUGUAAUAAAACAAACCAAAUUUGUACGAAGAUUUUUUUGUUUAUUGAAUACCAAGUCCGAAAUCCCACUCAUCAUUUUUUCCCCUCUCCGUAUAAUAAUAUAUUAUGUUUUUAUUCAAAA